UCAAGAUUAGGUUGUCGUGUCUGUCUAUUAUAUUCUCUCACUCUCUUACUCUUUCACUCUACUUCUCUCUCCUAUUGCGGCUAGGGUUUAGGUUUUUCUUUCACCGUCUCCGUUCCUUCAAUCUUCUUAUUCUCUUUCAUCUCUGAUGGAGACGUUGCGGGUUUAGUUCUAAGGGGUGGUUCUGGCCUUGGGUUUUUGGAACGUACGGUGUCGUUUUGGGGUUGGGAAAACAAAUUCUGAGAGAUGGCAACCACGAACCCUUUUGAUUUGUUGGGUGACGACGCUGAGGACCCUUCUCAGCUCAUCGCCGCCGAGCAACUCAAGGCGGCGGCUGCGGCCUCGGCGGCCACCGCGGCUCCCAAGAAGGCGCCGGCUCAGCAGAACAAGCCGGCUCAGCUCCCUACCAAGCCGCCUCCUCCGGCUCAGGCUGUGAGGGAUGCCAGAAACGAGCCAGUUCGUGGAGGCCGUGGAGGUGGACGAGGUGGGGGACGUGGAUUUGGACGUGGUCGUGGGUUUAGUCGUGACUCCUCGAAUGAUGAGAACUCAUUCCCUACCAGCAGAGCUCCUUAUAAUCAGGGUCCUUUUGAAGAAGGAGAUGCUGGGAAGUCUUCUGAAAGACGCAGUUAUGGUGGACCACGAGUUCCUUACCGUGGUGGUCGUCGUGGAGGUUUCAGCAAUGGUGAAACUGGUGAAGGUGAAGACGGACGACCUCGAAGAGCAUUUGAUCGUCGCAGUGGGACUGGACGAGGAAAUGAAUUCAAACGUGAAGGUUCAGGACGAGGUAACUGGGGAACCCAAACUGAUGAACUUGCUCAGGUAACUGAUGAGGUUGUGAAUGAAACGGAAAAGAAUUUGGGUGAUGAGAAGCCUGCAGUUGAAGAAGAUGUAGCUGAUGGAAACAAGGACAGCCCUACUAAUGAAACCGAAGAAAAAGAGCCUGAAGAUAAGGAAAUGACUCUGGAGGAAUAUGAAAAAGUGUUGGAAGAGAGAAGGAAGGCCUUCCAAGCACUCAAGACUGAAGAGAGAAAGGUGGACACUAAAGAGUUUGAAUCCAUGCAGGCCUUAUCAAGCAAGAAAGAUAAUCAUGACAUAUUCAUUAAACUGGGAUCUGAUAAAGAUAAGCGAAAAGAGGCUUUUGAGAAGGAAGAAAAAUCCAAGAAGUCCGUGAGCAUCACUGAGUUUCUGAAGCCUGCUGAGGGGGAAGCAUACUAUAACCCAGGGCGUGGUAGGGGUCGUGGCCGUGGUUCACGAGGUGGAGGCGGAGGCGGAGGCGGAGGUGUUUACCGUGGAAGUUCCACCAACAAUGCACCUGCUCCAUCCAUUGAAGAUCCUGGGCAUUUCCCAAACUUGGGUGCCAAGUGAGGCCUUGCUAGAACCCUUUUGUCAUAUCCCUGUCCUAUUUUCAAUUUUGGGUUCUCUUAUUUGAACUUAAUCAGGAAAAGAACUAUGGUAAUUGGAUUUCCUGGAUUGGAAGGUUCAUUUAAUUUUAUGCCUUGAAAGUGUAAAUUUAUGUUGUUGUUCUUCAUACGGUCCUGUACCCUUGAAGCCUGUUCCCCCUUGUGCUUUACUUUUACUGCGUUUGAUAUUUUGGGGGAGUAUGGUGUGGGUAAGACAUAAAUGAUGUUGUUGAGUUCCCUUUUUCUUUAUAGAUAGACAUCUCAGUUUUGCAUCAA